UCUGGUUUUGAUCACCUGACCUAUCAUCACUAACAGGAAAUGUAGAUAGAAAACAGCCCGUUUACACAUUUUAGGUAUUGAAAUAUUAGCCAUGUCCUUCUUGCGAAACGUAAUAUUUAAUAUAUUGAGGUUGUUGGUGGUCUGUGUGUCUCUUUUUAUAAACCAUGGAUUUGCCGGUAGAAUGAAAAUAGUCGAGGAGCCAAGCACAUUUGGGUUGAACAAUCCUUAUCUAUCUCAGGGAAGCAGACUACAGCCUAAAGUGACCCCAUCUGCAGUGUCUGGCCCUGCACAUCUUCAUGGACUGGCUGGAAAGUGCUUCAGUUUCACAGAGUCCAUGUAUAAAUAUGAAUUCUGUCCAUUUCACAAUGUCACCCAACAUGAGCAGUCUUUUCGGUGGAAUGCCUACAGUGGGAUACUGGGGAUCUGGCAAGAGUGGGAAAUGGCCAACAACACUUUCACAGGCAUGUGGAUGAGAGACGGAGAUACGUGUGGAGCCAGAAACAGAGAAACAAAGGUGAUUCUCGUCUGCAGCAACACCACCAAGCUUGAUCAAGUCUCAGAGCCCAGCACUUGUGUGUACUCUUUAACCUUCAAGACCCCUCUUGUUUGCCAUCCACAUUCUCUUUUGGUGUACCCAACCCUGACUGAGAAGCUGCAAAGGGAAUGGGAUGAAGUUGAACAAGCUCACUAUGAAGGUCUUAUUACUGAUCAAGGUUAUAAUAAUCUUUUGAGGGAUAUUUUUGAGGAUGCUGGUCUCCUGAAGAGCCAAAGAGUGAAGGUCCAGCUGCCAGAGGCUGCAUCCAGCUUAAAAACAUUCAACUCUUUACAGAAAUGUACAGAGGACCUCCAAAAACAGAGAGAGGAGAUUGAGAGACUGCAUGCUCUACUCAGUCAACAUAAUAUUCCUUUUGAUGUAGAGCAAAAUGAAGCAAAAGAUACAGCAAGUGUGACCGUUAAGAAUCAACACCUGAGGGGAGACACUGGCCUCAUCGAUCUGCAGUGAGAACCACCUGGACCAAGUCAUAGCCUCCAUUUACACCUGGCUUAAUUGUGAAGAUUUAGUUGAGUUUUUGGCAGGCUUACAACCUCUAUAUAAAACACUGAGCCACUAAAAAAUGAAGACAUGGUACACUGGGAAAACUGGAGGCUUUUUGCCAAGUAGGGGGCGCUGUCAGAAUAAAUCUACAACUAACAUACAUUUUAUUAAAUGUGAUGUAUUUUUCA